GGGCCAAUCACGCUGUCGCCAGGCGAUGACGUCAGGCUGAUCCUGCGCAUGCGUAGGGCCCGGAGACCUUGGCGAGGCGGCGGCGGCUCUUGGCGGAGGUGAAAGCACUAGCGGCAAGGAAAGUGCAGGGGCAAGAUGCAGAGCUGGAGUCGCGUGUAUUACUCCUUGGCCAAGAGAGGCCAUUUCUGCCGAUUACCUCCUGGUCUUCAAGGAGUUUCUGCAGUUCCUCUAAGAACAUAUGCAGAUCAACCGAUUGAUGCUGACGUGACAGUGAUAGGUUCUGGUCCCGGAGGAUAUGUUGCUGCUAUUAAAGCUGCCCAGUUAGGUUUCAAGACAGUCUGCAUUGAGAAGAAUGACACUCUUGGUGGAACGUGCUUGAAUGUUGGUUGCAUUCCCUCUAAGGCUUUGUUGAAUAAUUCUCAUUAUUACCAUAUGGCUCAUGGAAAAGAUUUUGCAUCUAGAGGAAUUGAAAUGUCUGAAGUUCGCUUGAAUUUAGAGAAGAUGAUGGAACAGAAGAGUACUGCAGUAAAAGCUUUAACUGGUGGAAUCGCCCACUUAUUCAAACAGAACAAGGUUGUUCACGUCAAUGGAUAUGGGAAGAUAACUGGCAAAAAUCAGGUCACUGCUUCUAAGGCUGAUGGCAGCACUCAGGUGAUUGAUACAAAGAACAUCCUCAUCGCUACAGGUUCAGAAGUUACUCCCUUUCCUGGAAUCACGAUUGAUGAAGAUACAAUAGUGUCAUCUACAGGUGCUUUGUCUUUAAAAAAAGUUCCAGAGAAGAUGGUUGUGAUUGGGGCAGGAGUAAUAGGUGUAGAAUUGGGUUCUGUUUGGCAAAGACUUGGAGCAGAUGUGACAGCAGUUGAGUUUUUGGGUCAUGUUGGUGGAAUUGGGAUUGAUAUGGAGAUAUCUAAAAACUUUCAACGGAUCCUUCAGAGACAGGGAUUUAAAUUUAAAUUGAAUACAAAGGUUACUGGUGCCACCAAGAAGUCAGAUGGAAAAAUUGAUGUUUCUAUUGAAGCUGCAUCUGGUGGAAAGGCUGAAGUUAUCACUUGUGACGUACUCCUGGUUUGCAUUGGUCGACGACCUUUUACUCAGAAUUUGGGAUUAGAAGCACUUGGCAUUGAGCUCGACCCCAGAGGUAGAAUUCCAGUGAAUUCCAGAUUCCAGACUAAAAUUCCAAAUAUCUAUGCGAUUGGUGACGUGGUUGCUGGUCCAAUGUUGGCUCACAAGGCAGAGGAUGAAGGCAUUAUCUGUGUUGAGGGAAUGGCUGGUGGUGCCGUGCACAUCGACUACAAUUGUGUCCCAUCAGUGAUUUAUACUCAUCCCGAAGUUGCUUGGGUUGGCAAAUCAGAAGAGCAGUUGAAAGAAGAGGGUAUUGAGUAUAAAGUUGGGAAAUUCCCAUUUGCUGCUAACAGCAGAGCUAAGACAAAUGCUGACACAGACGGCAUGGUGAAGAUUCUUGGGCAGAAAUCAACAGAUAGAGUACUGGGAGCACAUAUUUUAGGACCAGGUGCUGGAGAAAUGGUAAAUGAAGCUGCUCUUGCUUUGGAAUACGGGGCAUCUUGUGAAGAUAUUGCACGAGUCUGCCAUGCACAUCCGACCCUAUCAGAAGCUUUUAGAGAAGCAAAUCUGGCUGCGUCAUUUGGCAAACCAAUCAACUUUUAAAUUAGAAGAUUCUGCCCCCCCCCCCAAUCUCUGGGGAGCUAUUAUGGAAGUUACAUUUCUUAAAGGGAAAUGCUCAUAGCUCCAAAAAUUUCUGGGACUGAAAUAAAGAACAUUUUGGAAGGUAUUUAAUAAAUUUGGACAGAAUGGAAUAAUCCCACAUCUGUAUUUUAAAUGAACUUAAUAUUGUUUCAGUACAUUAAUAUUUUUUUAAAAAGCUACUUUUAGUAGCAUCCUGGAAAUGGUCCAUCAGUCUGUUUUUAUGCUGAUUAUGAAAGGUUCAACUUCACUGAAUAUAUACACAGUAGCUCUUACCCUGAUACCAAAAGUAAAUUUGAAUUGAUGGAACUGGAGUAUGAUACAUGAACAGUUGUGUUUGAAGCAAGAUUAUCAAGUUAUUUUAAACUUGGUUUUCUUACUAGAAACAAAUCAGUCAUUAAAAUAAGUCAAAUAUGUAUAAACUGAACUGAUGUAA